UCGCUCUUCAAGCCUACCGCACACACACAUCCUCGUUGAUCUUUGCGAGACACGUCGCUGGCCCGCAUCUACGUCGACGUCGCGCCGAGUAUGUCUUCUGGCGGCCGAAUGACGCACGCCGAAUAUGGCGAUGCUGCCUAUCGAGAUGCUCAAUACAACGCAGCGCUGGUGGGAGGAGCGUGGGGAGCUACAACAGGUCUGGGCCUCGCUGCUCCUGCCGCCGUCUUUCUCCACAGAUCUAGCACCAGUUUUAGAGGACUUAGUCUGCCCGUAAAGACCCUCUUUGUGGUCAUGGCUACCGCCGCUGGUGGGGUCUGGAAUGCGGACAAAGCGGGCCUCAAGUUCGAGAGAUCUCACUUUAGAGAUAAAGGAGCACAGGUGGUCAGACGAAGAGCGAGCGCUGAAGAGGACGCGUGGGAGCAUCUGUCCAGGUCCGAUCGAGCACUGACCUGGGCCAAAGAUAACAAAUUUGCCGUCGUAGCAGGCUCAUGGUUCGCAUCCAUGGGCUUGAGCGGCGCAUACAUUCAAAGCCAACCAUUGUCCUUUGCGCAGAAAUUGGUGCAAGCGCGUGUCUUUGCUCAAGGGUUCACCCUCGUCUCGCUCUUGGCCAUGGCGGCCAUCACGCAAAUACCGACGGAGGGCGAUAGGAUUCUGGAUGCGAGGGAUAAGAAGGGCGAACACUCUUGGAAAGACUUUAUAGAUGAAAGUGACGGAGGGAACAAGCAUGGGCAGAAGGCAUAAGACGCAUCUAGCAGGACUGGCUGGCUCGAGGAGAGCACCACCACCUGAACCCAAUUCUAAUAUACUGGUCAUUCUCCACCUCUCUGAAGAGUGCAUCCGCACCAAAAGCAUAUUUCUCACCUCUGUCUGGCCGUCGGAUACACGCGUGCAGCUUCGCAAAGAAGGUGAGGGCGAGGCAGGUGCCGUAUCGUCAAACUGACCAUGAUCUAGAAUCUGUGCGCGCGUUUACCGAACACGUCGACUCUCUGGAAGCACGUUCGAACACGGCACAUACGCCAUCGGAGAAGGCAUGGGCAUACAAGUAGCAUUCGACAUCGAUACGCUAUCUCAAAGGUGGGGGACCGGUACAGGUCUCGAACAAGGAGUGCAAGAAGAGCAAG